CUUGAACAGAGCAUUCCCAAAUUUGAAAAAAAAAAUGUUGAUGAUCUCAGAUAAACAAGUGAUUGUAUUUUUUCAAUUCACCAAAGAUUUGACUAGAUUUAAUAGAUUAGACCUGUAUCACUACAGACCAUGAGUGCAUUUCCUUCCCAAUUCAACGCUGCCCAGUUCAAAUUCAACAAAUGGGACUUGGACACCAUUAAACACCAAAAUCCAUAUUUACAUCAUAAAAUCACAAAUAUUAAACCAUUAAAAGAAUUUUUCAACUUGUCUAAACUAAACACCCCCAAAACAAUAAAUGAAGCUAAAACAAGAUUAUUAUUCAAUUUAAAUUUUUUCAAUUCAAAUUAUUUAAUCAUUGUUUUAAUAAUUUCAAUUUUUUUAUUAUUUCAAAAACCAAUGUUGUUGAUUUCAUUAAUUGGAUUGAUUGGUGGGUUUAUUGUGUUGAAUAAUUAUGAAUUUGAACAAAUUAGAAUUGGGAAUGUUAAUAUUCAUUUAAACAAGACUUAUUUAUAUUUAGGAUUGAUCAUCCUAACCACACCGGUGAUAUUUUAUUCUAGUCCAAUUAGUACAUUGAUUUCAUUAAGUAGUAUAUCAGGUGGUAUUAUAAUUACACAUGGGUUAUUGAUUGAUAAUUUACCAGAGACUAGUUUUAAUGAGAGUGUUGUAUAG